AUGACGUUUAUCCGUUCAUCCGUGGAUGACAAAGAUCAAAUCAACGAACUUAAAGCGAAAAUGAUUAAAUCUGUAAUAACUUACAUUCUCGAGAUCUGUAUGAUCAUCUUACCUUCGAUAGGAUAUUUUCAUCAAAUCGCAAAAUUUCGAAAAACAAAAACCAGCAUCGGGUUUUCUUUGGAUACAUGUGUGUUAUUCGAGUUUUCUACUGGCAAGAGAGCAUUUUGGACUACAGGAACGUUGGGAGUCCUUUCCAUUUUUUUUAACGAACAGCCCUGGAUCGUGGAAGCUUUGGGAUAUGUGGCCCUGGGAAUCGAAAGUACGCUUCCUAUGCCUCAAUGUUUGCAAAAUUUUAAACAAAAAUCCGUUGAAGGAUUCAGCCCUCCAACGAAUCCGCAGGAUGUCUAUGGUUCUUUAUCCUUGAUUAUUUGGUCUUUGACUAUUGUCCCUUUGAUAAAGUACGUUUGUAUCGUAAUUUGGGCGGAUUACGAUGGUGAGGGUGGAACUUUCUCUUUAUACUCAUUAUUAAGUCGACAUUCCGGCCUUUCUACACAUAUAACUCGAAAAUUCGGUGAUUCAUCAGUUUCAAAAUAUGGCACCAUGCCAAUCAACGGCCCUGAACGUCCUAAUUUCAUUUCAAAAAGUCAGACCGUUCAGAAUUGUUUACUUGUCUUGGUCUUCUUUGGUGCUUCUACAGUGAUAAGCGAUGGUUUAUUGACUCCCGCUGUGUCUGUGAUUUCCGCUAUUGAAGGGAUUUCUGUACCCGCUCCAAGCUUAAGAAAUGCCAUUGUUCCCAUUAUUGGAAGCUUAUUUGCUCCGAUUAUCUCUCUUUGGUUUUUAUCCAUCACUGCUAUCGGCAUUUGGAAUAUUACUCGGCAUCCUGCCAUCUUUAAAGCCCUCAACCCCUAUUACGCUAUUGACUACUUUGUCCGCAAAGGUGUUUCUGGGGUAAAAAUAUGUGGCAUUUUGCUUGCUAUCACUGGCGUGGAAGCAAUGUUCGCUGAUCUUGGACAUUUCAGCCGAAAAGCCAUCCAAAUAUCUUUUCCAUUCUUUGUUUACAUUCCUUUGGUCUUGACUUAUUUAGGUCAAGGUGCCAGUUUAAUCUUGAAUCCUAAUGUGAUUGAAAAUACCUUCUGGUUAUCAAUUCCCGAUAAUAAAUUAAUUUACUGGUCCAUGAUUAUCUUGGCUACCUUGGCUACGAUUAUUGCUUCUCAGGCUAUGAUUUCUGCUACCUUUUCUCUAGUUUGUCAUUCGAGGAAAUUAGGAUGUUUCCCUGGUGUUAAGGUCGUUCAUACUUCAAAAAGCGUCGAAGGCCAAAUUUACCUUCCUGAGGUCAAUUACUUUUUAAUGACAUUGGUCUUGAUCAUUUGUAUUACCUUUCAGAAAUCUAAGAAUUUGACGAACGCUUAUGGCAUGGCUGUUGCGUUAGUGAUGUUUAUCACAACAAUCCUAAUGACCAUCGUAAUUCGUGUUGUUUGGAAAUUUCCUAUCUUUGUUUCCAUCAUGUUUUUCUUAUUUUUUGGCUUCAUUGAUAUAUCAUUUUUAUCUGCUACUUUACGUAAAGUUCCAAAUGGUGGCUGGUUUGCUUUAUUUGUUGCUACCAUUCUUACCUUCGUAAUGUGUUUAUGGAGGUUUAAGUGGUUCAAAAACGUUGGUUCUGGAUUUUUCUCUAGUACCAACCCAGAUGACAUUUUACAAGAGCCGGUUCUUCUCCGUGAAUCGUCGUCUGAGUUACCUCCAUUUUGGAUUAAAGGUACUGAUUUGAAUAAUGGAAGUAUCGAUCAAGCUGAAUCUUCCUAUAAUAUCCUUACAACAACUAGCUUCAAUGAAAUGGUUCCUCAUAAGAAAAUUACGGAUUUACAACGAACUAAUAUACAAAUCCAUUUAUCGAACGAUAGAAAUCCUAUGUCACAUUCUUCAAAUAUUAUAUAG